CACUGUAUUGAGCGUAUUGAGUGUGGUGAAAGGAUAUUCGUGAGUAUGAAAUUUUAGGAAGUGACAUAGCAGCUUAGUGGCAUGUUGUUUGGCUGAAGAUUGGUUAGUUGCCAACCUAAUGUUAUGAUACGGAAAGAAGAAUGACAAGAGCCCUUUUCUCCUAACCGAUUUCAGUUGAUGAGAGGAAGAGAGCUGAAAUGGCUUAUGAUGACAUUUUGCCAUAUUUGGGGGAAUUUGGACGUUACCAGAAGAGGAUUUACCUUCUGCUCUGUCUUCCUGCCAUUCUGUGUGCUCUGCAUAAGUUAGCUGGAGUGUUCUUGCAAGCCAACAUUAAACACAGAUGCCAGUUGCCUUAUGAAUAUGACAAUGCCACAUACAACUUGCCAGAAAUCAACAUGACUAUACCAUGGGACUCAAAAGCAAAUAGCUGGUCAAGUUGCACACGACUGGAUGCAAAUUUUACUCCAGAAUAUUUUAAUUCUAGCAUCACAGCAAACAAGUCUGUGAAAUGUGAGAAAUGGAUCUAUGACACUUCAGUAUAUAAAAGCAGUGCUGUUACUGAAUUUAACUUGGUUUGUGAUGAUGCUCACUUCCGUGUCAUGGCCGACUCUUUAUUUAUGGUUGGGGCCUUACUUGGUUCAAUUAUAUUUGGCGAUAUGUCAGACAGAUUUGGCCGUAGACCUAUCUUCUUCUUGUCCUUGGUAUUGCAAGUGGUCUUCGGUUUACUAGCAGCAGCGGCAACAGAAUAUUAUACUUUCAUGUUGUGUCGGCUUGUAAUUGGUUCUACAACAUCAGGAGUGUUCUUGGUAGCAUAUGUAAUUGCUAUGGAGAUGGUCGGCCCUACUAAACGGCUGUAUGCUGGAGUGGUUUGUCAAUUUUUCUUUACUACUGGCUACAUCCUGACAGCAGCCUUUGCUUACUUUAUUAAAGAUUGGAGGAUUCUGCAAGUUGCGCUCUCUGCUCCAGGCAUUGUUUUCCUGUGUUACUGGUGGUUUGUCCCAGAAUCUGCACGCUGGUUAAUAACAAAAGGCCGUGGAGUUGAAGCAAAAGAAAUACUCCUUAAGGCUGCAAAGGAAAAUAAGGUAACCAUCCCUGAAGAUAUUUUGGAUAACCUUCUGACCAAAACUGGAAUGGCCAAUGGUGAUCUUCCAAGUGAACAAGGAGCAAGGGAAAAGAAAACAAGAGCAAGGAAGGCCACACUUUUUCAUCUCUUUCAUUAUCCAAAUCUUCGCAAGAGAACAUUGGUCAUCCUAUUCAGCUGGUUUGUCAACAGUGGGACUUACUAUGGGUUGUCAUGGAACACCUCAAACCUUGGUGGCAAUGACUACAUCAAUUUCUUAUUGGCAGGGGCAGUAGAGUAUCCAGGCUAUGCAUUCCUUCUGCUCACUCUCAACAGAUGGGGCCGCAAAGCUGUACUCUGUGGCUGUAUGAUUGUGGGAGGUGUGGCUCUGCUUUUGACAAGUGUGGUACCUUCAGAUAUGAACUGGCUCAUUAUCACACUUGCAAUGAUUGGAAAGAUGGUCAUCACAUCUUCAUAUGGGACAGUGUAUGUUUUCUCAGCUGAGCAGUUCCCAACAGUUGUACGAAACAUAGGAAUUGGUGCUGCUUCUACCUCAGCUCGAAUCGGAGGAAUACUUGCGCCUUAUACUCUUCUUCUGGGUGACCAGUGGCGUCCUCUACCGUUGUUAAUAUAUGGUGCACUUGCCCUUUGUGGAGGUCUGCUGUCUCUCUUACUACCAGAAACACUGAACAAAAAAUUACCAGAUACAAUUGAAGAAGGAGAAAUGUUUGGAAUAAAACACAAAGAUGAUGAUGCUCUGGAUGGAAACAUGGAUGAUGUGUUCAAGAACUGAAAUUUAAGUGACAACUUUGAACAGAAAUGAUCACUCAAGAAGAAAUAUACGUCUCAUGUUUAGAAUAGGUAGUAUUAUUUCAUCACAUAAACCAGCUUUUACAGUACUUGUAUUAUGUUAAUAAUAUUAAGAACACAGUCACACUUUUGAAAUAAGGCAAUUUUGAUAUUAAUAUACUCUAUAUGAGGAUGUAUUUUGGAGACCAAUUUAUUCUAUUGUUAUAAUUAAUGAUAUUAUGAAGUUUUAUAUGCAUCUGUUUGACAAGUAUGUGUUAUCUUUAACACAACUUAUUUAUUUAUUUUAAUCCUUCUAAUGGAACAUUUAUUAUUUUGAAAUAAAUUUUAUGUUUUAUUUAGUUUAUAAAACACACAAAUAUCAACUAACAUAACACAUUUCAACUAUAAAAGCGAAAGUCAGUUUGACAGACCAGUUAGAAAAAUCUCGUAACCUAGAGUUAGUACACCUAUGCACUUGAUUGAUUGCUGUUUUCAACCAGCAGACCAAAUGACCAAAACCAACCUAUUUAACUCUUCUUCGACCAAUAAACAUUAAGGAAUUCUCAGUUGUUAUGGAGUCCUAUGGUGCAACUAAGGCAACAAGAGCCUAUUAGGAGCCAAUUCAAACUAUCUAACAUCUUAAUUCCUUUAAAAUCCAUUUCAAAACCCUCCUAUAGUUUAAAUGUUGGACUACCAUGUAUCCUCUUUGAGUAGGCUUACCAACUAACGCAGUAGAAGUUGCAGUAUCCUGCACAUCCAGGACAAGAAAGUUGCCAUAUAUAAUUCUCUAGAUGUUAACCCGGCAUUAGUAAGGUGGGGUGUCACAGACCUCGAAGAUUUUAAUUUGACUGUAACUUUUUAAAAACGUGUGGCAGUGAGUCGUGCCUCAGUGUAGCUUCCCCCCCGUAACCCACUACUCAAUGCCAUAGAUGACAGGCUGUUGUGUGCAAGCACAUUUAGUGUACAGACGUGUAAAUUGUGCUGGGGUCCACCAGACCCCACCUUACCAAAAGUGUGACUAUAUUUUCUUCCAAAAAUUGGGUUGUUUUCAUGUAUAUUCUACUACAAUAUUAUCAUAACUGCUGUGUCUUGUAUAUUCUUACAUACCAACUAUAAGCAGAUACGUUUUCAGAAAUAUGUAGAGGGUAUUUUGAGAAUAAUAUAUUUUUUACCAGAUGAGUUAUGAGCAUGAAGAACAGAGGUUACGUCAACUUAUAGAUGACGCUUUGACAGAUGAACCAUUUAGCCAAGAUGAUGAUAGUGAAAUUCAUUUAGAACGACUGUGAGGAAGAAUCCACAGAGGGAGCCUUUUACUUGGCGAAGGAUAAGCAAACCAGAUGGAGUAAAAACAAGUUAGGAUCUCAAAUAAGAACUUGAGCACAUAACAUAAUUAGCCAAGCCCAUGGUGUUCUGGGCAACACAAAAACUGCAAGAUCAGUUUUAGAUUGAGAUAUUUUUUCCUGAUGACAUGAUAGACCUAAUUCUGAAGAAUAUGAAUGCCAAAUUAGAAAGAAAGCAAGUAAAUUAUGCCAAAAAUAAUAGUGUUCAAAAGAGUGACAUGAGUGAAAUAAAGGCUGUGUUUGGACUUUUGUAUUUAGCUGGUUUUUAAAAGUCUAGUCACCAGAAUCUGGACGAUCUAUGGGCCAUGGAUGGUACCAGUGUUGAAUUAUUUAGAAGCACAAUGUCACUUUCUCGUUUCCGUUUUCUUCUUAGACGUCUGCGAUUUGACGACCGAAGUACUAGAACUGAAUGAAGAUCUUAGGACAAAUUGGCUCCAAUUAGAGAAACUUUUGAUAAAUUCAAUGACGUAUGUGAGUCUGUAUAUUCUUUAGGAGAAAACGUCACAAUUGAUGAAAAGUCAGAAGCAUUUCGUGGACAAUGCAGUUUCCGUCAGUACAUUUGAAUCAAACCGGCAAAGUAUGGGCUGAAAGUAUUUGCUUCGGAUGAUGCCUAGUCCUUUUAUACUUCUAAAUUGGAAGUUUACGUUGGUGCACAACUCAAAGGCCCAUACAAGUUUCACACACACCUUCUGAAGUUUUACAAGGAUGAUUGCACCUCUAUUUGGAACAGGUCACAAUGUGACUUUAGAUAAUUGGUUCACAAGUUACCCAUUGCUUAAAUCCUUGUUAGAAGAUCAUAAGCUAACUAUGGUGGGAACAAUAAAGAAAAAUAAAAGAAAACUACCACCUGAGUUCAUCAAUACAAAGCGAAGAAGCCCAAUGACUAAAUUUUUGGUUUUCAAUGCAAUAUCACCAUAGUUUCUUUGUGCCAAAAAAAUAUAAUGAUUUCCACAUUACAUUAUGAUGAUAAUGUAGAUGAGAGAACAUCUAAGCCAGAAAACAUUCUGUUUUACAACAAAAUCAAAGGUGCGGUCAUUGUAAUCGUUGGAAUGACUGGGGUUUGUGGGACCCCACCUUACUGCUUUUGUUACAUAUCCCCACCUCACCAGCACUGGGUUAAACACUAUACUUAAUAUCUUCAUUAGUGUAUAUAGCAACCUCAUGGACAGACCUAAUGAUUUUGUCAGUUGAUACCCUGUUUUGUUUUCCCUGCCACACUUUCUAUUCCCUCUUCAUUACUACUUAUAUAACAUCGUGUAUAUUUAAUCUAAACGAACCGGCAAGACACCAAUAUUUCAAUCUUUUAAUUGUCAUUUCACAAUUAGUGAAUUUCCAGUUAAUAGAACUUUCCAGAUCAUCCAGUGCCAGAUAUCUCAGCUUUUACUGUACACUGCUUCCCCUUGUACAAACUUAACUGAAAUCUUAAAAAUUUCACUGUUUUUUUUUUUUGACAUUAUCAACCAGGAAUUAUGGAAUCCGUCUAUUCGAUGCAUCAAAAAAAUUGCAAACUUUCAUUGGAAAAUAACAGUAUUAUUAAUGGUACUGUCUUCAGGGCUGUGAUGCCAUGUUGUUUGUACUGCUUUCAUUGUCAAAAAUGACAAUGGAGGCAGAAGGUUCCUCCAUACUAUUGUACACGGUAUCAUAUACCAGAAGAGAGCAAUGUAAGUAAAUGUACUGUAACAUAAUGUAAUAUCCUUCCAGAAUGAACACCAUAAAAUAACUUAUGGUUGAAUCGUAUCAUUCUAGUUGAUAUUUGUAUGUUUCAUGAUACAGUAGAAAGCUGGAUUAGUUGACCACGCUCAGCUGUUGGCAUAUCACAGUCUAUUAAAAGGCAAACUUAAACUGUACUUAAAAAUAUUAACUUAUACUAAAUGUCUGCACUGAUAUUUCAUCUUUAUCAGCUGCAAUAAUCAUACUGGCAUGAUACUGUAACCAGAACUUAAUUAAUAGCAACAGGCUUCACAUUAGAAGGCAACUGUACGAGGGUCGUACUGAAAGUCAUGAGUAACAAUUUUUUGUAAAGUAACAUUUUUUAUUAUUGACAAACCAAA